AUGCUCCGCCGAGAUCCAUCAUCUUCGAGCGAGCAGGACUUUGCGAGUAUAAUAACCAAGCUGAAAGAUCAUUAUAAAGCAGAAGACCAGCAGAAACAGAGCAGUAUUAAUGCAAGUUCCCUUGAAUUUCUUGAUAGAAGAAAUUAUCAGUCUUGCCAGGUUUCAGAUUUGGUAUCAGCUGCCGAAUUUGAUCAAUAUUACUAUCACCCAGCAAAUGUCCUAAAUGCAGCGUCAAUUUGUCAAAUCAGAUUAUAUUUUGGAACAUUCCCCGAAAUAAACUUAUGCUACUGCGUUGUUGACGACAAAUUAUUCUACUGGAAGAAAGGCGAUACAGUAGCUAAGAUGUUUCGUGCAAAAGGAAGAUAUAUUUCAAGCGUUAUUAUAAAUUCACCGGAUGAAGAAGUUUUUUACUCAAAAAAUGUAAAAUGCGUAUUAGCAAUCUCCACAGAUACCACGAUUUGCGUCAUUCCAAUUAAAAUCAACAGUUCUUUGUUUAAUAAUGAAAAAAAUACAAUCGAAGAUUUUCUCGACUUACAGUCCAUUAUUUCGACAGACUCCCAUACGUUCGUUUGUUCCGCAUUAUGUCCAACCGGAAGCGGCUACAUUUUCGCUGGUUCUGAUACAGGAGCUGUUUUCUUGUUAAAAUACAAAGUUAACAAGGCAAACGUUAAUAACCGUAAAAUCAAAGCAUAUAUUUUACCAAACAACCCGUUAAAAAUGAAAGCAUUCAAUUAUUUCCUUCAUUACCUCCCAACACAGUUCUUUGAGAGAAAUUGCAUUGUACAACUCUGUUUCGAGAAGACCAGAGGCUAUUUGGCCGCUUUAGACCGCACUUAUCGCUUAAGAUUUUUCACAGUUACACAUGAUUUCGUAGUUAACGAAAUUGAAGGCCUGAUCGGUGAGCAGUUCCAGCCAAUCGUCAAACUCGUCGACGUACCAGCCUCAGAAUCCGGGAACAUUGUUUUUAUUGGAAUAACAAAAUCUGGCGACAGAUUGAGUUUCGCUCAAGGCAUAAAUAUCAUAGAUAACUCGUUCUACAUCAUGCUUGUUUCCAAGCGCCAAAUGGUCGAAUCUCAAGGCCAAUCAAAGAUGAACGAGUGUCUCGACGGUGUUUCGACUUUGAACUCUACCGUUGUGAUCAACAAGGGUAAAUUGUGUCUCGUAUCGUCUUUAUCGUCGAUCCAAGAUAUAACACAGCGACCAGAAGAAUUAUUUAACAUUUCUACGGCGCCAGAGACAUGCUUAUCAGUAUCUAGUGCAUCGCAUAUACUCGAAUCAUUAGAAAUCAACGCUUUCAAGGACGCUUUUGGAUGGCAACACAUAGAAAAAGCACCAAAAAUAGAAUUAGUCACAACGAAAAGAGUAAUUACCAUCAAAUUCAACAGACCUGUAGAUAUCCUCUCGAACUACAUCAGAGAAAGCAACGGAAACUACACACCGAAGAUAUUUAACUGGAUGAAAGCAAAUAAACAAGAAGCAGGAGCCACAGCUUUGUUACUAGCAUCAGAGGAUUCAUCACAGAAGCUCCAAGCUCUGUUCGUACUUUCACAAUUCGCUAAAAAUGAAAUAAAAAUGAGAGAUGAUUUCAAUCAGAGCCUCCACGUAUCCAGCCAAGCUUUCCUUUUACGUGUAGCCCGCAUUUUAGAGCCAGCUUGGUUCUCUCCGCUCUUUGAAAUUAAGAUAAAGAAAGCAGAUGGCCAAACCACAACGAAAUACAAGAUUUCUUCACUGUUCGAUGACUAUACGACCGAAUUUAUUGUCAAACAGCUCACUAAUGUCAACGAGUUGAUCACUGAAUACAACAGAAUUUUGGUUACUCUUAAAAACGACAUUAAAAAAGACGAUAAGAACGAUAACCAAAAUGAAAAUGCAUUUCUCUAUGAAUUAUCAUCAUAUGUUCAUAUACUUAUUGAAGUAUUUACAUUCAUAGAGAUUGUUGGUAAGCAAAAUAAGACUUUUAUAACAAAUGCAAUAAAUUUGUUAGAUGAAUCAUUCAAGAAUAGACUCAUUUCGAAGGAACUAGGUGAAGAAAGCACAGAUGGCUCUCCACAGGUCUCAAUUGUCGAUGCUCUUCGCGAAUUAUGUCUCCAAAUGUUCGCAUCUGGUGGAAAGGCCAAGCUCGGACACGAACUACGUCGUAGAUGUCCAACCUUCUUCACAUUAGAGGAUUCCCAGCUCCUUACAGCCCUUGCCGAGCUAAAUCGCUGCUUGCCAAACUCUCCAACAUUAGAAAGGAUCGUAGAAACCAUCCUAAAGUUGGUGAACAGAGCAGUAAACCUCGAUUACGUAUGCCAAAAGCUCAUAGAGCUCAAGCAUUUCAAAGGCGUUGUCGAUAUCUGCUUGGCCAGAGCCGCUGCCAUUGAUCCGAGCCAGAAAGCUUUAUUGUGGUUCAAAGGCCAGCGUCUUAAGACUGACGAAGCAGGUACAUAUGCCUUUGAUAAGAGAUAUCAAUGUUAUGAGCACAUUUUCCAGCUUAUUAACGAACAGAAAGCCUUCGAUAUCAUGAUUACCACCAACGAUGAGCUUUUCCACCUCUGUUUGUACCAAAGAAUCUUCCAAUUACACAAACAAGAGCAAUUACUUUCCAGAAACACUCCAUUCAUCGAAGAAUACCUGCAAGAGUUCGCACCAACUUACAUGUGGUCCUACAAAGCCAACCACCGCGAAUACAGCCAGGCAGCCAACGAAUUAUACAAGAUGGCGAUGUCAGAUAAGAUCGAAGCCACUCUCCAGAAGCGAAUCGACUAUCUUCAGGAUGUUGCCAAGUACGCGAUUGCCGACAACAUGUCUUCGAUGCUCAAUGAAGUACAAGUCCGUCAGCAACUCGCUUUAAUCCAGAAAUCUCUUUCAGAACGAACAGGAAAGACAAUGGACAAACUCCUCGACAACCAGACACUUCUCAACGAGUGCACGUCAUCCGGACAAUGGGAUCUUGUCCUCAAACUCAUCGCCGCUUGUCCUGUCCAAACAAAUCAGAGAGAACAACUGAUUUCGCAAGUUUGGACAAAUAUGUUGGUCGAACAAUUAUGGAACACUUCACUUCACCAGGCAUCAACCAUUAUUGUAGAGACGAUGAAUGGAAGAUCCAAUGCAGGAAAUGAUGUAUUGAUUCCGAAGAUUGUUGUUCCUGUUCUCGAGGAAUACAAAAUGAACAGAAGAGGUGAAUGUUUAUGGGCGGAAGACACAAUUAUAAAGUGUGGAGCAAAGCCAAAUGACGUGUUCCAGGCGUAUUACUCGAUUUUGGAAAGAAGUAACUUGACAAAUCAAGUAAGAGCUGAUUACACUUACGCGGCAAUUAAAUUGGCAAAUUUGGGUGCAAAAGUGACAGAAAAACAAGUAUUGAAUUUGAGGAAGUGGAUUAGCGAGGUAGGAAAGGGUUUGCCUUUCUUCAAUGAUGCACUUAACUUGUUGGCAUCUAUCCCUAAUAUUAUAUAA